AAAACGAAAAUAAACCGCCUCUUAUCGUCUUAUCUCCUGUGUUGUGAUAUAACCUAUAUUUUUUUUCCAGAAGUUUUACCAAAAAAACAUGAAAGAAUUUGCCUUGGGGUACCGCGAGGUGAUCCCCGACCAAACAGUAUGUGACCCGUGGCGAGAAAUUAGCCUAAAUACAGGCGGCACUCAAGGCACCCUUCAAGACAUCAAAGUCGCAGAACGAGCCAACGGUUUUUGUUACAGGGACUCGUCGAAGCACCACACGAGGAACAGAUUUAUUUACUGGCGAAUUUCUCACGACGUGCUAGAGCUAGUUGAACACAGUCUCGACGUGAACCUCGCCGGAAAUCGCAUCAGAUAUAAAUUUGUGGACACGCCAAUCUUGGAUGGAGUUUCCAUCCAUGAAACAUACGACAACGUGGUUGUUUUAGUGCCAACUGUGUGUAGCGUCCACAGGUUGAUUUUUCCGCACCCUGACAAGUAUCACAGGCAGGAUCACGUCGCAGGGGCGCACCCAGAUCUCGCAGCGCCGUCGAUUUUCAGCGAAGCCACCGCUAACGACGCCCGAGAUCCCUCAACUUUUCACUUUUUCACAAACUCUAGUUCCCAGUUGCCUUACCUGGCUGACUCCUCACUCACUCUCGCUGAAGAAGAAGCAAUUUUUGUCCUUGCUUAUCCCUCAAGUGAGAUUCUUCUAGUAAAACAAUCCAGAGAGGGAAAAAUCGACUCAAUUGAACUAAAAAACGAGUCAAUCGUUCCGCGGUUUUUGUCAGGACUUGCAGACAAAUUGCGACAAAAAGACAAAGAAGGAGACACUACAGUCAGUCUCAUUUUACACACAUUUGGCCUUGAGACUUUUGCCUUGACGCUAUCUAGGAACGGCCACUUGAAAUUCUGGUCGUGUUCGAAGGCAGAGUGUGUGGCCGUGAUUGACGUAAUCGCAGAAACUGGAGGAAUCGCCCGCAACCAAAUUCAAGGGGCCCAGAAUCAUAUUCUUCGAAAAGCCGUCGAUGGGUACGAUUCUGAGUGUCUCUUGGGUAUUUUUAUGAGCUUUUCCGCUGAAAGUCAGCUGCAUGUUUUUAAACCCAUAUUAAAUGGGUCACAAAUCCGUUUAUUCCGACUAAAUACGCUUCAUUUAGCUCAGAAUGAUUUGAUUGAUUUUUCUUUGUCAACGACGCGAAUUUGGUCGGUUUGGCGAGGUAAAGAUGGGGAGUGUGAAGUGUAUUCAGCGUCCCUUCAGUCAGGGAGUCAUUGGAUACCGGUCAUUUUGGAGAGUGUGCCGGAUGCUGGGCAAACUCCAAAUAUUGAUGGGGAAACGGACCCACGCCAGGUUUAUCUACAGCAUAUUUUCCAACCGGGGCGGUUUCCCUUGCACAUAAUCAGUAAAGCCCUUAACAUCUACAAAAGGUCAACCAUUGUAAGCGACCUCAACCUAUCCACCAGCCACCUAAAACAACAAAUCUGCAUGGCCGUAGAAGACGAAAUCCAAAACGAGCUCAAAGAAACCGUAGUCAGCGACGAAGACUACCUAGAAUGCGGCAACUACUGCUGGCAACGAUUUUACUCAUGUUGUGUCCAGUAUCACGUUGCAGGCCUCAAGCCUCUAGGUCUGCUCCUCCUCCCGAAUUCUUCAGGAGCAGUCCUUUUAAAAAAAUCGAUGAUUUCAUUCCUGAGACCCUUGGACAUUUUUGAACACUUCAUGUACGAGAGCGAUUACAUAUUCAAAGACCAAUUCACCAAAUAUUUUCUUUUAACUGAGAAUGUAGAUAUCACCGAUGACGUCGUUAACCUAUUUAAGGUCAUCAACUACUUAGACCAACAAAUGAGCGAUAUUUUUGCGUACACUUUCGAAAAAGAAUUAGCGUUGUUGAAAGCGCCCGACGUCAUCAUGACGUCUUUGUUGGAUAAAAUCCAACGAGAGAUGGACAGUGAGUUUUCCGAUCACGUAGCCGAGAUGUUGCGAAAGUGCACCGAUUUGUAUCAAGCGGUUCACAAAGUUCUCGAGUUGCUGAGGAUCGAGUAUCAGGUCCAUCCUGAAGAUUCCGACGAUGAUAUAAAGGCUUCAAUUAACCAUAUUUUUACGUCGCAGUUGGGCGUUUCGAUGGUUUCUGGUUGCUUGAGGCAGCAAAUUCAAGUUAGGUUCACGAUUUGUCGGAAUCUUUUGCUGAUAAGCAACAUUUUGUUGGAACGUAGAGAACUCGACUGGAAUGUUUUGGAGGCGAUUCGAUCGGUGUGCACUCCGGAAAUUGUCGUUUUGACCCAAGCCAAUUACGUGAUGGUGUGGCUGUCGGGGUUGUCAGCACUGACUUACUUGCCGACGGAAUCGGCUUUGCAAAGACUUUCGUCGCUAAAACUGGCCCCUGUUUAUAAUUUGAGAACAAACUCCGUCAAUUCGAUUUCGUUGUUUGAGCUUUUCGCGGGAUCUACUGGUGGUUAUGAGGCAAGAAAGUCGUUUGCCAAAAUGAGUCAUAAUGAAGAGACUUUGGCACAUUGGCAUAUGUCACUGUUGCCAUAUUUGAAUUGUUUGUUCCAUGUUAUAUGGCCAAUCAGCGGUAACCCAAUUCUAGCUGAGUGGUUGCUAAGUUGUGGCCAACACUUAUGGUUGCAACAGUACAUUCGUUACUUAAGUACUUGGUGCGAAUGGAACAGCUGCACUCAUAGUUUUCUUCUGGCGGCCUCUCUCCUAACAACUGGUGAGAAUUACAAAGCCCAAGAACUCUUCCAAAUCGCGGCUAAGGGCAUCUUCACUGAUCAGUUUUUGGCGCAGCGUAUUUUAACUUCACAAGACAGCCAGACUAAAGCUUAUAUUAACUACUACCUCAAAGUUAUACACUUAUUUGAGCUCCACAAAGCUUUAGAUUGUGCUAUCAAUUUAGCUAAUACCGCUUUGAGUGUUACGUCACCGGACGACCCACUAGCUGCAACUUUAUACUCAGUCAAGUUUAAGCACCACCUAUCUUUAAAAAAUUACCAAAUGGCGUAUGAUUCUCUCAACGCCAAUCCAGAUUCCGACAGACGAAAAGACAAUCUUCGCGAUUUAGUAAAAAAGUUAUUAGAUGAGAAAAAACUGGACGUUUUGAUGAAUUUCGCCUACGGCGGAAUGGAAGAGCUGUUCUGUGAUAUAGUUUUCACGAGAGCACGCGCCGCGGACCCCUCCCAUAACAUUUAUUACGACUUUUUAUACGCUUACCAAGUGAAGAGGGGACCUACGUUUUUGCGUUUGGCCGCAUCCGUAAUGUAUGAACAAGCGUUUCGUCUGAAUCAAUACAGCGAUGUCGACUCUCUGGAAAAACAAGUGAAAUGUUACUUGGCCGCAAAAAAUGCGCUGGCUUUGUGUGAGCCCCAGUAUGCGUACAUCGUAAUGCCUGUGGAUCAGGUAGAGGACAAAGUUGUUGUUUUGCCCACGUUGGCAGGCAGCGAUGACGAACCCCACGAAAUAAUCGUGCGAAAACAAGUGAACAUCAUCAAUUUAGAAACCCUAACAAAAGAACUAGCUUUCGCUGGGGCCAAACUAAAACUUGUACGUUUCAGUCCUAGAAACUAUUUCGAAAUAACCAAUCCUCACGAGUUAGUAAUGCUUUUAACCAAUGCCGGCCUUUUCAAAAUCGCGUUAUCCAUCUCGAAAUCCUUCGACGUGCCAUAUAGAAUUGUGUUCGAGGCUUUAACCAAAAAAUGCGGCAACUUGUCGAAACACAGCGAACCCGUUGCGUGGAAGUGGCUUAUAGAAAACGAACUUCAAGAUUUACCGAUGAGUACGAAAGGCCCGGCUACCGCAGCCUGGAACCUCCUGCAGGAACUCGUCAGCGAGUACGAGGAAGACAAGAUGUCCGUCAUUCAUAAAAUCGUGUGUAAACAAAUCAUUAAAAUGCACAUGUUCAUUCCGCAGUGGUUGCUGGCUUCGUACAAGAGGCGCAACCCUUCAGAAUUAUUCAGAUUGCUGUAUAGUUCCGGUCGAUUAGAGGAAGCAACAGAAAUCGCGACUGAAUAUAUGAUGGCCGCUUUGGGUUAUGGUAAGGAAUACUACGGAUUCACGCACGCCAUGCAAGCCACAAAACCAGCAGUCUGUCUUCCCAUUCGCGGUUUUAUCGCUCUGAUGAACCAACUCAAGUUAAUUAACGGAAGUGACCCUGAACAACCCUUCUUGAGGGAAUACGAGCAUUUGGAGAGCGUGCUCAAAACUUACUUAGAAACGGCGCAACGGACCUCGACCGAGAUGUGCCAGUAUCAGUUAAGUUUGGUUAAGAGUAAUUAAAGGAUUUUUGUA